GAGCUGUCCUGAGCCACCGGACUAACUGGGGGGCUUUCGAGGACUUAAAACAAGUAAACCAAACGGUCGUAACAGUGACUGUUCGGGAUUCCAUUUCAAAACCGCUCUAAGCGCACAUUAAGGCCUUCCGCGUCUUGCCGCCGGCCUGUCGUCACUUUUUGUUUUCAUUCCUCGUGUUCGUGUUUGUGUGUGUCCGCGCCGGUGCCGCGCUCCCGCCCGCGUGUGAUCGUGUCCGCGCCGGCCGAGCCGUCCGAAGAGCCGCGCGCGAGCGUGACAUAGACUGUGCAAAGUGCCCCGACACCGAAGGACUUGGAUAACCACGGCGGCCGUUCUCCGCCGCGACCAGCGUCUUCCUGGUGGUCUUCCCGGUCUUCCCAGUUUUCCGGGCGGCCAGUGUACGCGCUCGAACCUAGUUGCGGACCCCUCGUCAGCAGCUGCAGCUGUGCUAACGCGGCGUGGCCUAUGGCCUGGCCUGCGGUUUGCGCCCCGGCCGCGCCCACGACUGUGCGGCCGGCCCCGGCGCGGGCUCCGGCUCCGAGUGAGCGAGGAACCAGGCCGGGCCCGCAGGCCUCGGUGAAGGCCGCGCCGUAAAACCGGCGACAUCGUGAGGCCCAGGAGUUCGCCGGCCGCCACCCUGGAGGAUGUGGUGAGCGCCUGUGUGGCCCCCGUGGCCCCCGUGUCCUCGCUGUACCCCGGGUCCGGGCUGGGCUCGGGCCUCGGGCUGUCGGGCCACGGCCCGCACGGCCCGCACGCCUCCAGCCCCACCACGUUCAAGGUGGAGGCCCCGGACCCGUACAGCCCCUUCGCGUCGCCGCGCAUCAGCGUCAAGCAGUGGGGGCUGGGGGGCGGCGGUGGCGGUGGCGGCGGGCUCGGCGGCGACGUCACCAAGCUGAGCCCCCGCCAAGACAUGGAGCCCCUCGACCUGCAGGACCUCGUGUCGGGGGUCUCGGCCUCGCCGACGGCGCACCCCGUCUCCGCCGACAGCCCGCACUCGCACGCGCACCUGGCCUCCCUGGCGCCGCCCUCGGCCUCGGGCCAGGGCGGCCAGGACCAGCUCCUGCACCACCAGCACCAUCAGCAGCAGCACCAGCACCACCAGCACCACCACCAGCAGCACCACCACCAGCAGCACGACUACCACUGUCCACCGCUGCUGCCGCACGAACCCCUCGAGAAGCUCAAGUGUUCAAGAGUGCCUUCGAUCGACGCGUCGCUGGGCUCCGUCAAGACCGAGUCGGCCCUGGACGCGGACGGGCUGAACGGCGGCGACGACGGCAGCCACACGGCCGCGUCCUCGACCGGCCAGGGCGGCGGCGGCGGCUCCAAGAAGGGCGGCGGCGGCGGCUCGGGCGGCGGCGGCUCCAACUCGGGGUCGGGCGUGGGCAGCAAGCGGCAGCGGCGGCAGCGGACGCACUUCACCUCGCAGCAGCUGCAGGAGCUGGAGGCGACCUUCUCCAGGAACCGCUACCCCGACAUGAGCACCAGGGAGGAGAUCGCCAUGUGGACCAGUCUCACCGAGGCGCGAGUGCGGGUGUGGUUCAAGAACCGGCGCGCCAAGUGGCGGAAGCGCGAGCGGAACGCGAUGAGCGCCGCCGCCGCGGCCGCCGCCGACUUCAAGAACGGCCUGGUCGGCAGCCAGCUCAACGGCUUCAUGCAGCCCUUCGCCGACCCGGACCUCUACUCGUCUUACUCCUACAACAACUGGGCGUCCAAGGUGCCGUCGCCCCUCGGCGCCAAGACCUUCCCCUGGCCAGUCAACCCCCUAGGUGUCCCCAGCACGCCGCACCAGUCGACGGUCAACUGCUUCACGCCCGGCGCGGGGAGCGGCGUGGGCGUUGGCGCCGGCUCCAUGAUGACCUCGGGGCUGGGCGCGUCCUCCGGGGCGGUGGGCGUGGGCAGCGCGGGCUGCUACUACGACCCCAUGUACCGGUCGGCGGGCGAGCCCUGCUCCAUGUCCUCCAUCGCCUCGCUGCGGCUCAAGGCCAAGCAGCACUCGGGCGCGUUCGGCUCGUACCCGCCCGUCAGCCCGUCCACGCACGCCGCGAGGGGCCCCGUGGUCGACGAGAAUAUUUACGUGGAAGGGACGUCGUGCUGACUGCGGGAUGCGGACAAGGAGAGAUCGUCGAGUCAGAUAAAUUUAUUCUUCGACGAAACGAUGAAAAACUAAUGUCGCAAAGUUUUCUCCUUUAUAACUGAUUGGGCAUUAUUGUAGUAGGUUUCCAUUAUUUCGUUUCCUUUGCUCUGGCUGAACAUCCAGCUGGAGAGACGCACAGGUUGGCUUCUCGAGAGGCUGCUCCCUCUGUGACAAGGCCGUCGCACAAGUCAGUUUUACUGUGACAAGGCCGUCACACCAGUCAGUGUUAAUCUAGUCGCCUAGCACCGCGCUGUUCAACUGUAUUGGCAUUUAUUCGCCCCUCCUCUUUGUUUCCUUUUCAGGACGGUCAUACUUCUGUGUUGUAAAUUAUCAUUGUUAUUAUUUAAAUACGUUGACACGCGCAAAGUGCUGGCUCAAAGUGUAAAAUUAGCGUACCAAAAGAGAUACCAAAAACUAAGAAAAUAUUCUUGUGUAGGGGGCGACGGUGUAGUGCCGGUCUGUGAUUGUGUUUUGUAAAAUUAAGAUAUCGGUAAGUCCAUUGAUUGUAAUUAAGGUUGGUGUGUGCGUCGCAGGGCCGCUUGAGGGAUACCCACCCAAGCACUAGACCAAAGCGCCAGCAAAGUCAUAUUGAGCUCGUGAAUGUGUUGUUAAGACGAGAACAGGGUAAACAAGCACACCUUUAUGCAAACAGCGCAAAUUCAGAAAAGAGUUAACUUUGAUAAAGAUUGUGCCCUUAAUUUUGUUUUCCGAUGAACGUCUGCGGUGUCCGCUGAUGUCGUAUUGAUGCAAAGUUUGAAUCAAAUGUUUACACAGAGACAUGCGUGAACUGUAGCAAUACCCUAGCACACAUUUUCAAAAGAGUGUAAAUAUAUUUAUGGAGGUUAAGUUUACUGUAUUUUUGUUGGCCACGUGUUUUCUCGUGUCAAAAUUUUAGGCACGCAUGUUAACUAUUAAGUCAACAAAAGAACCGUUGUACCUUUCUUUCUUUUCUUUUAAAAUUUUUACCCAAAGGCAAUUUUGUGAUCAGCCUGAAUUUUAUUUCUUGUACUGAAACUAAAUGUGCAAUAUUUGAUGUAAAUAUUCUAAUUAAGAGGCAUAUGAGUAAUAUAAUUUAAAGUAUAUGAAUACUAUAAGAUAAAUUAGUACAAAAAAAGGAAAAACAAGAAUUUAUAUGAUGAUGUGUAUUUUAUUUCGUUUUGUCAAUCUUCAAUCUUUAGUAUACAACCGAUACCGUGGCUUUUGACUCAUUUUGGCCUUUCCAAUUGUCCAACUCUCUGUCCGCUCGACAUUGCCGUUCUGGCACCGAUACUCUGCGUUCUUCCUUUUCAAUGUCUAGAAUUUUCAAUUAAAAAACAAUUUUUCGGAAA